CAUUCAUUUCAUUGUUUCUAUUGAGUGUGAGUGAGUGAGUGAAUGGCUGCUGCUGCGUCGUCGUCCUCGUUCUCGUCGCUGUGGACGCAGCUGAGUGAGCAAGUGCCGCGCUGGCCAGCCGCACUCACCUUCCGCCGCACCACCACCACCACCACCACCACCACCACUGCAGACCCAACACGAACAACAACAACAACAACAACAGCAGCACAAGGAGCAGCAGUGGCAGACGCAGCGGGCGCAGCGGGACCAAGCUCACUUCCUCGCGCUGCUGCUGCUGCUGCUGCUUCCGAUGCCUCUGCUCGCCAUGCUCAGCAGCCACCGACCCACACCGAAGCAGCAGCAACCGCACACAACGCUACUAGCAGCAACAGCAGCAGCCGCGGGACGCGAGGCAGGGACAGUCACCCACCCCGUCAUCACCACCACCGACUGAAUGAGCCGCGACGGGGCUUCCGGGCAACCCUCGCGCGACUGGACGCAGUGCAGCUGGUGCUCCACUUGGCGCAGGUGCUGCUGGCGCUGCUGCGGUGGGUCUUCUUCAUUGGCGUGCGAACGCCGCUGCGAAGCGUCCUCGCGUGGAUUCGCCCGCCAAACCACCGCGCGCGAGUGCUGUUCCAGGAGGCCAUGAAGCAGUCUGCGAGCUUUGCAGAGUGGCACGCGAUUGCCGCAGAGUACGACAAGCUCGAAGGGAACGACGCGUGGACCAUCAGCGACCACUCGUCGGCGCUGUUUGACGUGCACAUUGUGCGCAUUCGCCUGGGACAGCUCCGGGCAGCGCGCCUCUCGGGUGAUUUGCAGCAGAUGGUCUUCUUGCUGCGCGCAGGGCUCCAGCGGAAUUAUGGCGGAAUUGACAACCCCGAGCUGUUCACGCAGAGCUUUGUAGGCACCAAGCAACUCAUCCAAGAGUACAACGACGAGAUGGUCAAGCAACUGCUGGACAUCUGCGAGGCUCAGCAUCCCUCGUUCGACUACAUCACCAAGGAGCGCUUCUUCCACGAUGCGCGACAGGCGUUCGGGCGAUCCGCGCUCUUGCUGUCCGGCGGCGCGUCGCUCGGCAUGAUCCACUUUGGCGUUGUGAAAACCCUGUUUCAGUUCAAUCUGCUCCCGCGCAUCAUUUCGGGAGGCUCCAUUGGUGCCAUUGUCGCUGCAUUCCUCGGAACGCACACGGAUGCAGAGCUGCCUGGAUUCUUUGAGCCGAAUGCCAUCAACUUUAGAGCGUUUGAUCGCUUGGGCCACGGUUCGGCGCGACGAAAAAUCACGCGUCUGCUGACACAGGGUGUCCUCAUGGACGCCUCCAAGCUCGAAGACUUUGUCCGAAGUAACAUUGGAGACGUGACCUUCCAAGAAGCCUACCGCCGAACUGGCCGAGUCAUCAACAUCACCGUCGCCUCCACCACGCGCCACGAAAUGCCGCGCCUUCUCAACUACCUCACAGCGCCGAAUGUGUGUAUCUGGAGUGCCGCCACGGCUUCGUGUGCAUCGCCCUUCCUGUACGCCCCCGCCGACCUGCAGGCCAAGAACCAGAACGGCGAUAUUGUCCUCUGGAACCCGUCCUCGCACAAGUGGGGCGACGGUACGCUCGAGAAUGAUCUGCCCAUGGCUCGCCUGUCUGAGCUGUUCAACGUGAAUCAGUUUAUCGUGUCCCAGGUCAAUCCGCAUGUCGUGCCCUUCAUGCGCAGCACGAAAAAGAGCUUUUCUUCAUCUGUCUGGCGCGAGUGGGGCAAGGCCAUUCUACUUUCGGAGAUUAAGCAUCGGGUGAUUCAGCUCGUGGAGCUUGGCUUGUUCCCGAAAAUGUUCCAGCCAAUGCUGACCCAGCGUUACGAAGGCGACAUUACGAUUGUGCCCGAUCUCGGCUUGUUGGAUCUUGCAAAGGUUCUUGGCAAUCCGAACGAGAAAGAUUUGCAACAUUACUUGCGGCUGGGGGAACGAUGCACCUGGCCAUACAUUCCGAUUAUCCAAAACCGGCUGCAAGUCGAACUUACACUUGAUGCCUGCCUGCAGCAAGUGCGUGCAGAGCGCAAGGGGUUGGCUGGGCAGCUUGUCGGCGAUGUGCGACAUCGAAAUGCCGCCUCCCACAGCGGACUUCCAGUUCAUCCCCGUGUUCUUGCGCGUCGUCCGACCAUGUAACGUGUUGAUAGUGAUUGUAUGUUUGUCUUUUGUUGUUCCAUUGACAAUGAGUUUGAACGCGUUUGAUUGAAUUUUGUUGUUGUUUUUCUUUUUUUGUAUUUUCUUCUUUGUGCGAACUGAUCUUCGUUUUCUAUCUCCAGUAUGC